GGCAGGGGAGAAAGUACGGGUGAAUUGUAACACUUUGUUUUUCUUUUUUUAUUGAACUUAUAGAAUAACAAAACAUCAAAUAUCCCUAGUAAACUAGUAACCUGCCCCAAGUUGUGAGGUUUAUUUUAAAUAAUUAAGGGAGAAGGGGAUUUACAUUCACUAUUCUUACACUUUUUAAAAAUGUGUAAGAGCGAAGCUACCUCGCUAGCCACAUUAUUAUUUUAGCGGCAGGAAGGGAACAAAAGAUUUUUUUUACUUUAUCAGGUUGUACUGACACUAAGCCCAUGCUGAACGUGUCACCACCAACACAAUGCCCGUGUUACUUUUUCUGAUAGACACGUCCGCUUCAAUGAACCAGCGCACCCAUCUGGGCACUACCUAUCUGGACAUUGCAAAAGGCGCUGUUGAGACUUUUAUGAAGCUCAGAGCUAGAGAUCCAGCGAGCCGCGGGGACAGGUAUAUGUUGGUUUCUUUCGAGGACGCUCCCCACGGAAUCAAGGCUGGCUGGAAAGAAAAUCAUGCAACAUUCAUGACUGAACUGAAGAACCUUCAAGCAGUUGGACUCACGACUGUUGGCCCGUCCUUAAGGACAGCUUUUGAUUUGCUCAAUCUCAAUAGAUUAGUUUCUGGGAUAGACAACUAUGGACAGGGCAGAAAUCCCUUCUUCCUGGAACCCUCCAUCAUCAUUACCAUCACUGACGGAAGCAGGCUGACCGGCAGCAGCGGGGUGCAGGAUGAGCUGCACCUGCCGUUGAUCACGCCCCUCCCGGGCAGCGAGCUGACCAAGGAGCCGUUCCGCUGGGACCAGCGGCUGUUCGCGUUGGUGCUGCGCAUCCCCGGCCACGCCCCGCUGGGCCCCGAGCCUCUGGGGGGCGUCCCCCCCGACUACUCCGCCAUCACCCCCAUGUGUGAGGUCACCGGAGGCCGCUCCUACAGUGUGUUCUCCCAGCGAAUGCUCAACCAGUGUUUGGAUUCUCUGGUGCAGAAGAUCCAGAGCGGGGUGGUCAUUCAUUUUGAGAAGACGGGGCCCGACCCCUUGCCUGUGGAAGACGGCCCAGAGGUGAAGUCUGGCCCCCAGUCCUGGCACAGCAGCCACAAGCUCAUCUAUGUGCGCCCCAAUCCCAAAACCGGGGUCCCCCUUGGACACUGGCCAAUCCCAGAGGCCUUUUGGCCCGACCAGAACUCUCCCACGCUGCCCCCCCGGUUGGCCCACCCCCAGGUGUGUUUCUCCUGUGUGGACGCUGAGCCCAUGGUCAUAGACAAGCUUCCCUUUGACAAGUACGAGCUGGAGCCCUCGCCACUCACCCAGUACAUCCUGGAGAGGAAGUCUCCUCACACCUGCUGGCAGGUGUUUGUGUGUAACAGUGCGAAGUACAGUGACCUGGGCCAGCCCUUUGGCUACCUGAAAGCGAGCACUGCCCUCACCUGUGUCAACCUGUUCGUCAUGCCUUACAACUACCCAAUGCUGCUGCCCCUCCUGGAUGACUUGCUCAAAGUCCACAAGUUCAAGCCCACUGUAAAAUGGCGGCAGUCCUUUGAGAACUACCUGAAGACGAUGCCCCCGUACUACAUUGGGGCCGUGCGGAAAGCGCUGAGGACAAUCGGAGCCCCCAACCUGCUGGCCGACAACAUGGAGUACGGAAUGAGCUACAGCGUGGUGUCCUACCUGAAGAAGCUCAGCCAGCAGACUAAGCUGGAGGCGGAGCGGGUUUUGGCAUCGGUGGGGAAGGGAGUGGCCCUGGAGCAGGGGAUUAAGAUCCGCACCCGCUCCAACGGGGUCUCCCUCGACGAGCGCAAGGACUUCACACAGCUGCUGCAGAGCAUCAUGGGAGACGGGCCCGCAUGCCCGCUGGACCUCAACCCCAAGGAGUUUGGUGGGUUUCACCUGGCCAAGCUCAACAAGGGCCUGAAGCCUCAGAGUUUCCGGAAUGCCUACGACAUUCCCAGAAGGCACCUGAUGGAGCAGCUGAGCCGGAUGAGGAGGAACCUGCUGAGGGCUGCAGGGGGCGUCCUGCGAAGCCAGGACCAAGACCAGCUGCACAGUGUCCCCAUCGCUCAGAUGGGAAACUACCAGGACUUCCUGAAACAGAGCCUGCCCCCUCUCCGAGAGGCCGACGGGGACCAGCCCAAACGCCUGCACACCUUCGGAAACCCCUUCAAACUGGACAAGAAGGGCAUGAUGAUCGACGAGGCGGACGAGUUUGUGUCCAGCCCCCAGAACAAGAGCAAGCGCCCCGGGGACCCCAGCCUGCACGGUGGGGCCCCCAAGAGGCGGCGUUGCAUGUCCCCCCUGCUGCGCCCCGGGCACUCCUACACCCCUCCGGUGCUGAACAGCCCCCCUCCGAACGCCUCCAACGGGCCCCUGCCCCCCGCCACGCCCCUGUGCCCCGCCCCGGCUAACGGCACCAGCCCAGCGCCCGCUCUCAAAGCUUCUGACAACAACAGUAUGCUGGACGGUGUGUUCGGGAACCACAUGGGGAAUCACUACAACCCCGAGAGGGCCCCUGAAACAGAGGAGGAGGAGGAGGGGGAUGAGGACGAAGAGGAGGGGGGUUGGGGCCGGACGCACGGCAGACUGGGGCUGUCCGAGGACAGGACGUUUGGGCCCGGGGACCCCCUCCUCCGGCCCUCUGCUGGUCAGCUGAAGAAGCUGCGCGACAUGGAGAACCAGCAGAACAACGCCGAGCUCAGGGUCCUCAUCACCAGGGAGAUCAGGAAGCCCGGCCGCCGCUUUGAAAGAAUCUUCCAUUUCCUGAAGCAGGUCCAAGGAAGCCUGGAUACACGGCUAAUAUUCCUGCAACACAUCAUCAGAGAGGCUGCCAGGUUUAAGAGGCGGGUCCUGAUUGAGCAGCUGGAGAACUUCCUGGAGGAGCUCCACAUGCGGACCAAUCACUUUAACCAGCUGGACUGACCCCGCCCCCGGUCCUGCUCUGUGGGCCAAUCAUGAAGCAUCUGGACUAAGUGUGCAUGCGUGUUUGUUUCUACGGCGCUUUGCACUAAGGGUGUCUGGACUGGUGUUGGGGGAGGAGUGGCUCCGGCCCUGUGAUUGCGUAAAACCCCCAUGUUCUCGUCUGUAGCACUUGGAUAAAGACGGUGGCUGACAGGAUAAGAGUUCUCAGUGCUGUAAUGGCUCUCUGUUGGGGGUUACUGACGGAGAGGACCAGGCAGGAAGCAAUCCUUCACUCCUGCGGGAGGAGCCGUGUGGAUUACUAUCCGGUCAAAACCAUACUUCAGUUUGUUUGUUUCUGUUCUAUUUAAGUGUUUAUUUAGUUCAUUCUUGACCCGACAGAAAUCCUUCAGUAAUUGAUUUAAUAUGGAGGUCCUUUAGGUAUUUACAGUUGUCAGCUAUUUGUUUUUUUUUUUUGUUUUUUUUUUUUAUGUCUAAAGUGAAUCUUAAUUUGUUCCUGUGAAUUUCUCAGGAAAUGGCAUUCGAUGUGUGGUGUUUGGAAGAGAAACGAUGAGAGGUGGAGACACUGACCCCUCCCCCACCCUCCAGAACAUUUGAACAUUACAUUGUUAAAACUGUAUGCCGAUCUGUGUUCAAAAUACGGGGGUGGGUGAGUCACAACCACACAGCUGUGGCACAUUAAACUGGCUUAACAGGCGGUUUACAUGGCUUUGAUUCCAUGGCUGCUGACCUGCCUUUGUUUCUCUUGCAUUGUCUUUGCCAAAUAUUUGAGAACUCCCCUCUCCCUUUAACCCCCUUCCCCCCCUUUCCCCCCCUUCUCAUGAGGACCAAAUAUUUGCCAUACUUGUCCUUAUUUAGGAGCUUUCUGAAAUGUACUACUAAAAGAAAGUAUUUUCAAUAUGAUAUGUACAUGAUGUAAAUAGUCAAAUUUGAGAACUAUUUAUGAGUAAGUACAAAGAAAUUCCUUUUUGUAAGUUUCAUUGAACAAAGUUUCUAUUUUACACUGUGAAUGGCUGAUGGAAAUAAAAGACAAGUAGCCUCUCAAAUGUUCCUUUCAA